UGUCAGCUUGUAGCUGUUUAACACAUUGCUGUAUCAUUAUGAAAGUGUCCUCUCAGCUCCCAGUAAUAGUUAACACGGCGCAUGUCUUAGGAUUUACUGGCUAGUGCAGUCACUUUGUUGUUACCAGUCUGUGAGCUCUGUUUAACUGCUAAGCCUUCAGCUUUUAACUUGGACAUUAACAUUCCUUCUACGUUUUUACAUCCUUAAAUGAUUCAGCUUUACAGCAUCAGUUGUAUUGCUGUAACAUGGUGGAAGUGAAUCUAUGCAAUGAAAGGACAGAGGAUGGUAAGGAGGAAAUGAGGACUGAUGGCAAUGGACACACUGCGGAAAAUGUGGCUCCCGAGUCAGUCAUCUUUGAAACCAAGGAAGACCUGGAAGUCCAAACGCAGAAGACCAGUUCCUGGAUAUGGUCCGUUGUUUACCUUUGUUUCUAUGGCUUCAUGGUGCAGCUGAAGCCUGGAGAGCCCUUUAUCACACCAUACCUGCUCAGUACAGAGAAGAACUUCACCAGAGAUCAGGUUACCAAUGAGAUCACCCCAGUCCUCACAUAUUCCUAUAUGGCCGUGCUGGUGCCUGUGUUUCUGCUGACAGAUUACCUACGCUACAAACCUGUGCUGAUCCUUCAGAGCUUGAGUCAUGUUUCCAUUUGGCUCUUGCUACUUUUGGGCUACUCGUUGCUGGAGAUGCAGUUUAUGGAGUUCUUUUACGGCAUCACCAUGGCUGCCCGUGUGGCAUACUCCUCCUACAUAUUCUCGCUAGUACCGGCGACUGUUUACCAGCGUGUAGCUAGCUACUCCCGGUCAGCUGUGCUCAUGGGAGUCUUCACGAGCUCUGUGCUGGGUCAGAUGUGUUUGUCCCUAGGGAAUGUAUCAUACAUGACGUUGAGCGUGGUCUCUCUAGUGUUUGUCAUUUUUGGGCUACUUUUGUCCUUCUGCUUGCCAUGGCCCAAACGUAGCAUGUUUUUCAACCAAGCCCGCCUUGAGAAGGAGAGGAAGGAAGCAGCUCAAUCGGAAUUGGCCAGAAUUAAUCCAGAAAAGAAGGAUGGCAGUGUGGCAGCACUGGGCAGUAACCACAAUUCCCUCUCCUGGGCAAAUUCGGUGUUUGUUCAGAUGCUGAAGGAGUUAAAGAAUGUUGUGAAGGUACCUAGUUUAAGGCUUUGGAGCUUGUGGUGGGUGUUCAACUCCACUGGUUACUAUUUAGUUGUGUUUUAUGUGCACAUCUUGUGGAAUAAAGUCUACCCUGCCAUAGAAAACAAGCAUGUCUACAAUGGAGCGGUUGAGGCUGCCUCUACAUUAUUAGGUGCAAUCGCGUCAUUUGCAGCAGGCUAUGUGAAAAUUCGAUGGAAUCUGUGGUCUGAACUGGUGAUUGGAUUGAUUACUGCGGCACAGGCCGGUCUACUGCUUCUCAUGGGCAUCACAGAAAAUAUCUGGGUUUGCUAUGUGUCAUAUGCCCUUUUCAGAGGCUUCUACCAGUUCCUUGUGCCUAUUGCCAUUUUCCAGAUUGCCUCCUCUCUCACUAAAGAAUUGUGUGCUUUAGUGUUUGGAGUAAACACUUUUCUUGGAACAAUUCUGAAGACGGUCAUCACUAUAAUUGUGGUUGAUAAGAGUGGAUUGGGUUUGGAUGUUCAUUCUCAGUUUUUUGUUUAUUUCUUUUACUUCACUCUGUUGACUGUGAUUUAUCUGGGAUGUAGUGCCUUUGUCAUCACGUGUCAUUACCGCAAUCAAAGAUCAGGACAGGAGGCUACGGAAGUAUCCAUAGCCACUGAACUUAGUCCCAUGGCAUCAGCUGCCAGUGACGGUACAACCGCACAUAAUGGAGCCAGCAUCAAGACAUGAGAUUCAAAGGAAUUGUGCCUACAGGUAGAGUUUCUCCAUCUUUUUAACUGUUACUUCAAAAGCAGAACAUUUUAUUAUUUUAAGUAUGAAUAGUCCUGGUUUCAUCAUUUUAUAAACAUAACAUUUAUAGUCCAAUUGUUAGGAAUAGCAAUAGAUUUUUUUUUUUUUUAAAACCUCAUCAAAAUCUAAUUGUACAUUUUCGGAUCGAGAUAUUGUCAGAUCUGGAUGUCUUUUGUUGUUUGUCAUGUUAUAAAGUUAUCUUUGUCAGGGUUAAUAAAAUAGUUUUAUAAGGAAUGUUUGGAAGCCAAACAUGGCAAGGAUUACUCUAUAACUUCAGAGUACAGUGAUGCCAGUGUUAUUUGCAGCUAAAUAUUAAAGUAUAAAUAAUUACUAUUGCACAACAGUUGUAAUUCUGUUAAUUGAUUGGCCAAGCGGUGUUCCAGGCUGAUAUUUAGUGUAUGUCCUUAGAAUAUGUGAUCGGUAUCCAUUGGAAGCUCACUGGGGGAGUUAGAGGUGUGGGAUUUUUGCCUCCAGUCUUUUCUUUCGCUCCAGGAUUGCUCAGAAAUGGGUUCUGCUCACCCAGUAUGCAGGAGUGGGAAAUGGAUAAUCUGUAGUGGAGCAAACGUGGAGUGAUAACUGAAUGUUCCAAACAGGGAGGGAAAAUUGCUGUACACUGUUGCUCAAUUCUGUGCAAUGCUUGGUGACAUGCAUAGUUUGAUGCUUUAGUUCUUUUGGAAAUAUUUUUAUUGACAAAGGAAAAAUUAUGCUAAGUAACUGGCCAUGUUUUUCAAUGUGAACAUCUUUAGAACCUGUAUAAAAGAAAUUUCGGUAAGACUUUUUCACUAGUUAACUAAUUUAGUUAAUGAACUAAGAAUGUCCAAUACGUCUACAGCAUUUAUUAAUCUUAAUUAAUGUUAAUUUCAACAAUUACGGUACUAAUACAUUAUUAAAAUCAAAAGCUGUAUUUGUGAACAUUUGUUAAUGCACUGUGAACUAACAUGAGCAAAUAAUGAACAGCUGGAUUUUCAUGAACUAA